CUACGUCACUUCCUCUAACCGUGUCCUUGGCAGCAGCAGCAUCUUUGCUGUUCAGGAUAAACACAUGGCUAAAUUGAGCAAAGAGACCAAACAGCGGCUGCAGCAGCUGUUCCAGUGCGGCCAGUUUGUCAUCCGAUGGGGUUUUAUCCCAACCGUGCUGUACCUCGGUUUCAAACGAGGAGCAGAUCCAGGAAUGCCUGAACCCACAGUUUUAAGUUUACUGUGGGGCUAAGAAACGUCUCCACACAGCCAAUCCCCUCGCCUCAUCAAGACCAUGUGACCCACCCGUCAACAGAAAUCCAGGAAAUGGACAUUAUUUUUCACUUUCCUCUCCAUAAAUCAUAUUGUCCAAUGUCCAAGAAGUAAAGGAAUGAAUGUUAUCUGCAGCCAUACUGUUUACUGUUUGGAUUAACAAGCUGGAAUCAAGACUUUGUCGCUGAGAAUACAUUGUCUUGACUGGUCAAUCUGUAGUUAUUUUGUUGGGAAUGUGUGACAGCAGUUUGGAUAUGCCAUUCAUUCCAUGUUUGUUCUUUUUAUUUGUAAUUUAAAAUUUCUGAAAAAUAAAUCCACACAGAAAUUUC